AAAUAAAAUAGAACACUUGAUGGUGUGGGCUAAUUUCCUACAAGUAAUUCAGUAUUUUGACCACCAGGUGACGCUGUAGCCCUAGUAUAUUCGCUUCAGUCUAGGGUUCAGAUUUGCCCUGCAUUCAUAUCAGACACUUUUCACGGGCCUCCAUCAAUAACCUCCUGGGGUCAUCAACCCAGAUUUAUGACUGGCCAGAAAAAUCACGUGGUGUUAUUUAAAGAUGCCAUAUUUGGGCAGACCACGUACAAUAAAGAAAAGAAAGAUCUCCACCUAUAAAUUCUGCUUUUUGAGACAAAAAACGUGAACUUCAAAAGGGGCACAAAUCAAGGUUAAUCAAAAGGCACAUGUUUAUUUAAAAUGAGUUCCUAUGUAUCCGGAUCAUUCUACAAGCAGAGUCAAAAUAUCCCUGCUUAUUCUAUGCAAAAUUUAGGAAAUUAUGGAUCUGUGACUAAGGCUUCUGCUCCCAGGUAUUGCUACAGUGGCUUGAGCAUCACUUUCCCUUCAUCUGGUCCUUCAGAUUCCCUCGGCGAAAUGGAUAAGUUAUCGAGACCCAGAACUGAUACUGAACGUUCUUCCUGUUCAGUAAUGGGAUCUUCCGGGCUUGUGUUUGAAAGAGAAUGCCAGAGUUCAAUGAGUCAAGGAAUUUAUGGCCAGAAAGCCGGGAGCGAAGUGGUAGAGGAUACAUCUAAGAACGCCGGUGAGAUCAAAGCAGAGCUGGUAGAAAGUCCACAGCAAGAAGGGCAGCCGUUGCAGCAGCCACAAAUUUACCCCUGGAUGACGAAACUACAUAUGAGUCACGAUGUAGACGGGAAGCGUUCCAGGACCAGCUACACAAGGUACCAGACGCUGGAGUUGGAAAAGGAAUUUCAUUUUAACAGAUAUCUCACUCGCCGUAGGCGUAUUGAGAUUGCUAACAAUCUGUGCCUAAAUGAGAGACAAAUCAAAAUCUGGUUUCAAAACCGGCGGAUGAAAUGGAAGAAAGACACAAAACUGAAAAGCAAAGAAUCAAUCUGAGAAGUGUGGUGGAAGAACUGUCAAGAGACUGUGCAGCAUAUUGCUUUCUUCGCACUUAUUUAUGUUUUUAACUGUUUGACACGCAUUGUAACAGUUUCGAAAGUACACCCAUGUUUAGUAGUUUAAAUGGAAAGUCUUCAUCUGAUGCAAAUAUUGAUUUUGUACAAAGGUUCAUAUUCAAAAUUUGGUUGUAUCAUUGACACCCACUGUUACGGUUUACAACACUUUUUGAAACAAGGAAAUAUGAGUUAGGCAUUUUUGUAUCAGUCAGUAACUUGCUUUUGCCAAACAAAUGUUGGUUGUGUUUGUCUCUAUGUACGUACAUUUCUUUCUUUUUAAAGGCUUUCCUGUCCUGCUGGAUCCUUGUAUUUAAGUGCAUUAUGUAUACAGAACUGUGUAUUAUUUAAUGAGUGUUUUGCAUACUGUGUUCAUUUGAGGAAGCAUUUCUUACUUUGCGCACCCCUUAAUUAAUAAAGCUUAAAAUAUGUGCUGGAA